GUUGAGCAUUAAUCAACUUUAAAAGCCAUCCGUCAACCAUCUCGGGCCCCGAAACUUCUUACCUAAUAACUAUCAACAACCAACAACAACCAUGAAGCUCUCCGCCGCCGUCCUCUCUCUCUUCGCCGCCGCGUCCUGGGCGGCCCCCACGAGCAGCCCGCGCAGGUUCUCCGUCAUGGCCCUCCGUUCCGCCUCGCCCAUCCACUUUGCGACCGUCAGCGCGACCAAGAACCAGCUGGUGUUGAACCUGCCCGGGGACAAGGUCGACUCGCAGUGCGCCGACGGCGAGACCCACACCGCUGCCACCCUCUACAUCAAGGACGGCGAGCUGUUCCUCUACGGCCCCGAUGACCAGGUGCAGCAGUUCUUUGUCGACCGUUCCGGCAUGGGCCAGGGAGUCGUGCAGUACUUCAACCGGACCGAGAACAACGUCCCCGGCGGCAGGCUGGAGCUCAAGGGCUGGGCCGUGGACGAGAACGACAACCUCAACUUCGACGGCAACAGCCUGCUGGCCUGCCCCAGCCAGACCGACUCCUCCUGGACCGUCUGGCUCGCCCUCGGCAUCGACCGGCCCGGCGGCAACGAGGGCUGCCUCGGCUUCACCGCUCGCACCCUGACCAGCCAGGAUCCCGUCCCGUGCACGUACAGCAGCCACUGAAAAGAAGACUUCUUGGUCCGGCACGGGCGGCGUCCCAUCAAGGGUUCCACACACACCACCAACUGAGCCUUCACAGUGAAGGAUUAGUGCUUGCCGGGGCCCUUUUUUACUGUAUAUCAUUACUACACUUGAUAGCUGUAGAUACAACUAAAUUUUAUUACUUCU